AGAAACUCUUAUCAUGAAAGCACAAAAAUAAGUUAAGAGGAAGAGCAAAGCUUCAAUUCAUAAAAUUGUGCUGCUAGUGGUCUAAUGGGAAGAACAAAGCUUCAAUUCAUUAGGUGCUAAAGCAGCAAAAAUCAAUCAAGCACCAUGAUGAGCAACCUCUUCUUAAAACCCCAACUUCAUCUUCUUCCCAUUCCUUCAAAAUUCAUCUUCUCUCACACUUUCAACAAACCUUCAAUCACAUUCUCCACCACCGCCUCAUUCUCCUACGGACCUUCCCUCCACAAAUCCACCAAUCCUCAUCACCAAAACGACGACGACGUCGACAUCCUCAACGAACAAACCUUCACCAGAGUCUUCAACCUCGCCGCACUCCGUGUCCCUUCCGCUGAAUGCUCCUCCCUCGAAAAUCGCCUCCGUGGUCAUCUCCUCAAUUGGCCUCGCAUUCGUAACAUCGCUCGUGUUCCCGGUGACGAAAUUGACCCUAGCAUUGCUCCUCUAUUAGGUCAACAAAUUCACGCUGAAGAUGAUAAUAAAGGAAAAUCGGACGAAAACGGUGAUUUUUUGAUUAGUAGUUCUGUGUUGUAUCGUGAUAAGCUUGCUAAAACGUUUAACACUCGCGGUUAUGUUAAUUUUCGAAAUCUGGCCAAGAUUUCGAGGCCGAAAAGGAAUAAGAAGAAUGAGAAGGAAGGGGAAUUCGUUGAAGUUGAAGGGAAUAAGCGUGUUGGUAAGAAUGGUUAUGUUGAGGUUGAGGUUGUUGAAGAAGAAAAUGGUGUUGAUGAGGGUUUGAGGAAAUUGAUUGGUGAAGAGUUUGUGAUUAGUAAGUGGAGAGGUUCGACGAGGUUGUUGCUUCUUGAUGAACGGUAUAAAAAUUGUGGUGUGGAGGAGUUGCCUGAGGCGAUUAAGGCUGUCUUGAAGGAGUAUGCAGAAAAAAGCACCACUUUGACUUUUGAGCUAGUUAGAUGCAAGUUGACACUGUUUUAUGAUUACUGGCAGAUGAAUGAGAUCUUGGAGGCCAUGCUGCCUGAGGGUAUGAUUGUUCCUACAGCUUUCGAAACUGUUGGUCAUAUUGCACACCUGAAUUUGAGAGAGGAACAUUUACCAUACAAGAAGCUUAUAGCAAAGGUUGUGCUGGAUAAAAAUAAGCCAAAGAUACGAACAGUUGCGAACAAGAUUGACUCCAUUGAUAAUGAGUACCGGACCAUGCAACUUGAGGUUUUAGCAGGAAACCACUCUCUUGUGACUACAUUAACUGAGAACGGACUUCGCUUUCAUGUUGACUUAGCAAAAGUAUAUUGGAACUCUAGGCUUGGAACUGAAAGACAAAGGCUUCUGAGUGGUUUUACACGGAAUGAUGUUGUCUGUGAUGUUUUCUCUGGAGUUGGUCCUCUUGCCAUAUCUGCAGCCAAGAUAGUUAAGCGUGUUUAUGCUAAUGACUUGAACCCAUAUGCAGUAGAGUAUCUAGAAAGAAAUAGUGUUCUAAACAAACUCGAGAGGAAAAUCAAGGUCUUUAACAUGGAUGGAAGAAGGUUUAUUAAGGCUAUGUUUGCCAGUGAUAAAGCUCACUCCAUCACACAAGUGGUUAUGAAUUUGCCAAAUGACGCUGCAGAAUUUCUAGAUGCAUUUCGGGGAAUAUACAAAGAUAGACCCAAGGAUGGGGAAUUUACUUUUCCAAUGAUCCAUGUUUAUGGAUUCUCCAAAGCAGAAGAUCCAGAAUUUAAUUUUCACGAGAGAAUAAGAAUUGCAUUGCUUGAAGUGGCAGUCAACGUAGACAUGCGACGGGUACGACUUGUUGCUCCUGGAAAAUGGAUGUUGUGCGCAUCAUUUAUUCUCCCUAAAAGCGUAGCAUUUGCUAAUACUGCAGUUGAUGCCUAACAAGUUUUUAGAUAGUCAAUUAGCCAUUGCAUGCAGUGAAUUUUGUUUCACUACAUUAGUUAUUUAAAUUCAUAGUGUAUAUAUGUAACAUGUAUUUUUGCAAUACCUUUUCAUUUUAUCAUUUACAGUAAAUGUCUGUUUUUAAGAUAUAGAAUUAUUUUUUUAAUUGAAAAUUAUCAUGUACUAAAAGGUAAUUUAAACUGGGGUCACCACUGGGCUAUACUGUAUAACAAUUUUUAGUAGUAUUGAAUUGAAUGAAGUUUAUGUCA